CGCGCUGUGGUGACUUUGAGCGCGUGAGGUGUCAUUGUCAAUCUAUGAAGCCGCGUUGAUUGAUCGCUACUGCCACCUUGGAAUCAUCUGCCCUCUCUCUCUCAGCUCAUCAUCUCUCCUCCGCCAUAAUGUCUACGUUCGAGGCGUUAGUAGCAGAUUUAACGCGCGAUAUCAAUCGCGUCCAGCCCAAAGAUGCUCUCCAGUUUUGCGCGAACUGGUUCCAACAGCGCCUGGAAGAACAGAGAGCACGCACGCGCGACGUGCUCUCCCAGCGCACGCACUCCUUUGGCAGGGAUCUCCCCUCGGAGCUUUUCGUCGACAACCCCCUGGGCUCGUCGUCUGGCCCUACUGCUGUCUCACCCUUCUCUCAAGCAACCGCAGUUGCGCGCUCCUCCUUGCACCGCUCCUCCCAUUCCUCUCUGCGGAACAGCGCAUCUCAGAGCCCGUUCGGGACUCUGAACGUGCCCGGGAACGCUCUCCUAUCUGAAACCUCGCCCGUAUUCCAGUUCAGGGAUCUGCAAGUCGCGCCCACGGCUCCGAGCCCGUUUGCGAGCUUUGAUGGGAAUGCCACCGGGGCCGAUGACGACUAUCUGCAUCCGCCCAACUCGUCGAUCUUCGCGCGCCGGGUGUCCGUCUCCGCGGAGUCGAUCGCGGUGGAGGCACCAAGCGACGACCCGCUGCCCGUGUUCCCCAAAACGGCCGAUCAGGUUCGGCGCAUCAAGGCGUCGAUGGCGAACAAUCUCAUCUUCCGGGAUCUCGACGAGGAGCAGGCCGCGGGGGUCGUCAAUGCCAUGCAGGAGCGGAGGUCGAGCAAGGACGAGGUGGUCAUCCGGCAGGGCGACGAGGGUGAAUACUUCUACGUGGUCGAGUCUGGGCUGCUCCACUGCUUCAUCCGCCCUGAGCCGCUGCCCCCGACGUGGCUGACGAACAGCAGGGCGUCGAUCAGCAGUGUGAGCCCGGACGAGAAGUUCCUGCAGCCAGGCUACCACCCGACGUACGGGCGCCAGGUGGCCGAAUGCCCGCCGGGCUCGUCCUUCGGCGAGCUUGCGCUGAUGUACGGCCACCCGCGAGCAGCGACGGUGCUGUCGAUCGAGCCGUCGACGCUCUGGGCCCUGGACCGCAUCACCUUCCGCACGAUCAUCCUCAAGGCCGCGCACCGCCGCCGCACGAUGUACGAGCAGUUCCUCGCGUCCGUGACGCUGCUUUCGUCGCUCGACGCGUCGGAGCGCAGCAAGAUCGCGGACGCGCUCGUCAGCCGGACGUACAUGGACGCGGAGGCCGUGGUCAAGCAGGGGGAGAUGGGCGACACCUUUUUCUUCGUCGAGGAGGGCGAGGCCAUCGUAACCAAGGCGAGCGUGGACGAGACGAAUGUGCGCAGCGAGAUUCAGGUGGGACAUCUCAGGAAGGGGGAUUACUUUGGCGAACUCUCGCUGCUGCGGUUGGCGCCGCGAGCUGCGACGGUGAGCGCCAUCUCGCGCCCAGAUCAGAAACUGCCCAAGUUGAAAGUGGCAGCGCUGGACGCGCCGGCGUUCACGCGACUGCUGGGGCCGCUGCGUGAGAUCAUGGAGCGCAAGGCGGGGGAGCAAUACGGCCCGGGCGUGCGCUUUACGCGGUAG